CGGAGGAGCUGAGGGGAAAGUUGCGGUGGCUCCAGUCAAGCGGUGGCCGCCGGAGCGGGGAGUGGCGACGGCAACAUGGACGACCUGGAUGCAUUGCUAGCAGACCUGGAAUCCACUACCUCCCACAUCUCCAAGCGGCCAGUCUUCCUGUCAGAGGAAACAUCUUAUUCAUACCCAACUGGAAAUCAUACGUACCAGGAAAUCACUAUACCUCCUCCGGUGCCGCCCCCUCCUUCCAAUGAGGCCUUGAAUGGGACUGUAAGUGACCCUUUAGACCAGUGGCAGCCCAGCAUCCCCAGAAAUAUUCAACAGCAGCUGCAGUCUCAGUCCCCUGUGUACAGCUCCAGUGCCUCCGUGUCCAGAGAGUGUGUCAUCUCUCCUUCUCGUGCAACUGAAGAGGAACACGUCUACAGUUUCCCCAACAAACAGAAGUCUGCGGAACCCUCUCCCACCCUAAUGAGCACUUCGCUAGGCAAUAACCUGUCAGAACUGGACCGACUGCUACUGGAACUAAAUGCUGUUCAGCACAACCCUCCUAGUGGCUACCCGGCAGAUGAAGCCACUAGGAGCCCCUCAUUGCCUGGUGGGGCUGGCUCUCACUACGGCGUCUCUGAGAACACUACCUCUUUGAACACACAAUCAGCAGCCCCAGCAAAAGAGAAGCCCAAGCGGAAUGGAGGGCAGAGUAUCGAGGACAUGUGCCCCAGCGUGGAGAGCCUUUUGGAUGAACUGGAGAGCUCUGUGCCCAGUCCAGUUCCAGCUAUUACUGUGAAUCAGGGCGAGAUGAGCAGCCCUCAGCGGGUCACCUCCAGCCAGCAACAGACUCGCAUAUCUGCCUCAUCAGCAACAAGAGAACUGGAUGAACUGAUGGCUUCUCUUUCAGACUUCAAGACCAGUUCCACCGUAUCACUGACCUCUGAACCCUCCCUGGAGCUACUUCCUGGACCCGUUGGCCCAGAUCCGGCCAGUGGGCUUCCUACUAUGGCUGUCCUGACUACCUCAAAGCAGCAAACCCCAGGCCUUUACGGGAAUGUGCCAGGCUCCCUGACACCUCUGCCAUUGGAGGUCCUUCACAUUGAAGAGGAGAGCGGCAGUCCCGUUCCAGAGCACUCUCUCACCGCCUCGGGUGCCCCUUCCAGUGGGGCAGUGAUCUCAUUUUCCAAAAUGGAUGCAUUGUCAAUUUGCUCCGACCUCGGAACCCAGAAGCAGAGUGUUGCAGAACCAAACAAACUUUGGAGGGAGGAGCAGAGAUACGAGGCCAAGGUUGCCCCGGUGUCUCUUUCAAGCUCCUGUAUCAGCAGCAGAGUGAAAGUUCCAACGCCAAUGAAGCUGGAACAGGCGGCUACAUCGGAUCCAAUAGCUGCUGCUCACGAGGAGAACAAGGCUGGUAAAGUUUCUUUCAAUGAGGCGAGCCAUCCGGAAGUAUCUCUGCUUGCACGAAGAACACCUCCCAGGAGAGACCGUGUUGCGCCAACCACAUACAAACCUGAUCUUUUGAGUGUGGAUCAGUGGGAGAGAUUUCCAGGCCCCAAAGGCCAGCAGGGCCGUAUCCUGCAGCAAGACGCCAAGCAGGCGGCUCACAUCCGAGAUCCAUCCAGAGCCAGCAGCUGCCCUGACGUUGCUGAGCAAAGGCACGGCCGAGAGAAGACGUCCAGGAAAAAUAGCCUUCAGCAUGUUCCAACAGCCCAGUGGAAAGAGCCAUUCUGCAGCCUGCCAGCUGUCCCAGUGUCUACAGGAAAUGCCUGGGGAGAAGAGUUGGACCUGAUCCCUGCUUGUAGGAUGCCUGUGGAGAGGAUUUCUACGUCGGGCCAGGCAGGCAUCACAACGAAUGUAGAGGGGAAUGAGCUAGCGGGAUCCUUCUGAUAGUGCAUCGAGUUCACCUGUGCAUGAACUGUGUGCUUUUUGCCCCUCGAAUUCAGCUAGUUCUGCAUGCUUCUCUGGAAUAGUCUUGAUGGCAGCUGCAUGGGAGUGUGAUUUGAGAAACGGUUGCUCUUAAUAAGUUCCGUGGCAAACCUUUGGGAUGCUUGGCUCCGUUUGGGUUGUGAAAAUUUUAACAAGCGCUUGCAUUCCUCUUAGUAGAGGGAAACGAAGCAGGGGGGUGGCUUGAAAGUGUGUGUAACACCGUGCAGUUGGGACUGAAGGGGCCUUUCCCCCAAUUGCCGUCCGUACUUCCUGGGUUGCUCUGUUGGACGUGGCCCUCUCAUUGUUCUGUGUAAGCGAUGUGGUAGGACGUGGCCUACGAAGGCUCAUUCUACAUGGAUUGCUAGUUUCUAACGCCUUUUGUUGCCUCGAUGCUACGGACUGCUGCAGCAUCCCUCCUGUGAUCUGUGCUCCUAUACAUUCUCACCGAGCUGCGAUAAUUCAGUUUCCCUCUGCGUUUACAGCACACGGUGCAUGAAGAUACUACCAACACUUGUGAUGCUUUUAAAGUGUCUCCGAUA